CCCGAGGGCUCAUUUACAUGCGGCCGCGGCCCCGCCCGGGGCGGCUAAAGCGACGUGUCCUUGUCCCCCGUGGGCAGCCCCGGCGCGUGCAGCUGCGGAUCUCCAGUUCCAAGGGCCUCCCUCAGAGCUACCACCUGCGGGGACAACCGGCCUGGAGCCAUGAAGACCAAGAACCGGCCCCCCAGGCGCCGGGUGCCAUCGCAGGACAUAGAGGCCACCGCAGGGGAACGGUCCCCGGACAGGGCCCAGCAGGGGUCGGGGCCGGAGCUGGCCAAGGGUCUGCGGAGCAGGACGGCGCGGGCACAGGGGGCACGGGCGGAGGCCGGGCGCCGGCGGCCGGGGCCCUCGGGAGCCGGUGGCCGGCGAGAGAACAGCGUCCAGCGGCGGCUGGAGAGCAACGAGCGUGAGCGGCAGCGCAUGCACAAGCUGAACAACGCCUUCCAGGCACUGCGGGAGGUCAUCCCGCACGUGCGGGCCGACAAGAAGCUCUCCAAGAUCGAGACGCUCACUCUGGCCAAGAACUACAUCAAGUCACUGACCUCUACCAUCCUGACUAUGUCCAGUGGUCGCCUCCCGGGCCUGGAUGGGCCGGGCCCCAAGCUCUACCAGCACUACCAGCAGCAGCAGGCAGCUGGGGGCACCCUGGGGGCCACGGAGCCCCAGCCCGAGGGCCACCUGCACAGGUACUCCACGCAGAUCCACAGCUUCCGAGAGGGCUCCUAGCGCCUGGCCUGGAGGGCAGCGGCCAGGCCCGCUCCCCCCAGCCCUGCUGCCUCCAUGCCAAGAGCCCCAGAUUGGUGGUGACAGCCCACGUGGACGUGGCCCCAGUGGCUCCAUUUCCCUGAACACUCAGCUGCCUGUGUGGAGCACAUCCUGGCCUUCAGGGGACGAGACCAGUGAGCGGCCUGGUCUGGGCCAUGGCUCCGGGCAGCAUAAAGCCCAAACCUCCGCAGAGGUCCCAGGACCUGCUUUUUAAUUGACUAGGGCCACAGUGGACAGGCCUUUGUAACUAAAUUCUUUUCACUCCCAACUCCCUCCAGAGGCAUGGGGAGAUUCCAGGAAAAGGUCAGUUUUGGUAAGUUUUCCCAGCUCCUGCAGAGGCCCGGGCCCUGGAAGGGUCCUCCUCCAACCUCCAAUAUAGCCUCCUCAUUCGGGGUAAACUGAGGCACCGAGCAAGCAAAGCCCUCGGCCACAGAGCGUGGCUAAGCCAAGAUGACUGACUCGUGUAAUUCAGCGUGUGUCAGGUAGAAACCCCCAAACCCCUAGAGAUACUAAUCCGAUUACCUCAAAUUAAUUCUAAAGGGACCUUGGCAGGGAGAGCGGCAGGGGCCUUGUCCUGGCUCCUGCUGGGUGGGGGCUCCUGACUGUGGAGGGGCUCGCGGCCUGGCACUGUGGGGCUGGGGACAGGUCUGGGAGGGAGGCUGGGAGCCACUGCCUCCCCUAAGCCGCCCACCUCCGUGUCACUCAGGUUUGCUGCUUGCUGUCAUACUGGUCCCUGCCGGGGACAUGUCAGUGGCAGAGGGCGGUCUGACAGAAAUUCAGGGUGUUCUUGGGCCCUGCUUGGAGUUGGUGUCCCUGCAGGGCUGUCUGUGGGAAGGAGCCUGGGUGGCAAGAGCUCCCCUCCCUAGCCUGGUACUGCUCCUUCAAGGCAGGCCUGGGCAGUUUGGCAGGUCCCUGGCCGCCUCAGGCCAAGCUUCCUUCUGUAGCGACAGGCUUGGCGACUUUGCUCUCAACGCCUCCUGGCAUCUCUCUGCUCUCACCCCUGUGCCCACAGUCAGUAUGGGGAGGGGACAGGACAAGCUUGGCAGCCUCAGGCAGGAACGGCAGUGACAGAGGCUGUGGCGAGCGAGGGUCAAGUUGGCCUGGCAUAUGAGGCUAGAGCUGUCCCCGAAGCCCCCAGGGACCAAGCCCCCCUCCUGGGUGGGGACCAAGGAACAUGGAAGCAGGGCUGCCACCCUCCCAGCCCCAGGGGUCCCGGCCCCAACUGCUUCAUCCACUGCCAGGCUUGGCAUCAGUAUCAAGGACAGCAGGCGGCAGCCCUCAGAGCAGCCAUUAACCACGUUGGUCCUCACUUUCCGGGUCCAACGCUGGCUGGACCCUCCCCAGGCCCCAU